AUGUACAUCAAAACACUCACUAUUCAGGGCUUCAAGUCCUACCGGGAUCAGACACAGAUCGAACCGUUUUCGCCUCGCCACAACGUUGUCGUCGGUCGCAAUGGGUCGGGGAAGAGCAACUUCUUCGCCGCUAUCCGGUUCGUGCUCUCGGACGCCUACACAUCCAUGUCCCGAGAAGAACGGCAGGCCCUUUUGCACGAGGGAACCAGCACGGCGAAUACCCUUUCGGCAUUCGUCGAGAUCGUCUUUGACAACAGCUCUGGCCGAUUUCCCACUGGCCACCCGGAGGUCAUUCUCCGCCGCACGAUAGGCCUCAAGAAAGACGAAUACUCGCUCGAUAAAAAGAGCGUCUCCAAGGCCGAUGUCAUGAACUUGUUGGAGAGCGCCGGUUUCAGCAGGGCGAACCCGUACUAUAUUGUGCCGCAGGGCAGGAUCACGGCUUUGACGAAUGCGAAAGAUCACGAGCGCCUAGCGCUGUUGAAGGAGGUCGCGGGAACCAAGGUUUACGAGCAGCGUAGGACAGAAUCCCUCAGGAUCAUGGCCGAGACAGACGCGAAGCGCGGUAAAAUCAGCGAUCUACUCGCGUACAUCGAGGAACGGCUGGAGGAACUAGAGGAAGAGAAAGAAGAGCUGAAGGAGUACCAAGAAAAAGAUAAAGAACGACGAUGCCUCGAAUAUGCGCUCUACCAACGCGAGCUACUCGAGGUUGGGGAGGCGCUCGAAGAGAUCGAGGAAGAACGCCGGGGUGAAGUUCAUGGCGCGAAUCAACGACGGGAGCAGUUCAACAACCGCGAGAAGGAGAUCGCCGAUCUGGAGAAAAGGAUCAAGGAGACAAAACACGCUCUCUCCACACUCUCUCUCACGCGCCAGGGCGCUCAAUCCGAGCUCACCGACCUCAUCCGCUCCCGUACUGAGCUCGAGUGCAUCGUCUCCGAUCUUCAGUCCGCAGCCUCGCGCACAGGCGGAACUCGCGACGCCCUCCAGGCCGAGCUUCUAUCAGUAGAGGAGCAUAUAGCCGAGAGGGAGGCCGAGCUGGAGGAGCUUCUGCCCGAAUGGGAGGAGGCACGACGUGCAGAGACGGAGGAGCGGCGCGCGCUGGAGGAGGGAAAGGCAAGACUCGAUAGCCUGUACGCGAAGCGGGGCCGGAUGGAGAAGUUUAGGAGCAAGCAGGAGCGCGACGCGUGGCUGCGGAAGGAGAUCGCGAGCUUGGAUAGCUUCCGGAAAGCGCAAGAAGGCGCGGUGGAGGACGCACGGAUGCAGCUGGAGGAGGCGCGAGAGCAGUUCGCGGGGGUGGAGAAGCGGGUGGAAGCGACGAGGAGCCGGGCAGAGGACGGGAGGCGGCGGGUGAAGGAGAUUCAGGAAGAGGUGGCUGCGCUAAAGGAGGAGAUGGCAGAGAAGAGCGAGCGACGGAAGGAAAUGUGGAGGGAGGAUACGAGGCUAAAGAGCUUAGUGCAGAGAGCAGAGGAGGAGAUGAGGACCGCGGAGAGGACGUUGGCGGGGAUGAUGGAUAAGGAUACGGGGAUGGGAUUGAGGGCGGUGGAAAGAAUCAGUGAACGUCCCGGUUUCGAGGGCGUGCACGGCCCGCUCUACAAGCUCUUUGAUAUCACGGACGACAAAUUCAACACCGCCGUUGAGCUUACCGCAGGCAACAGUCUGUUCCACGUCGUAGUUGACGACGAUCGGACGGCCUCGAAAGUCCUCGACGUUAUGCUCAAGGAGAAGACAGGCCGUGUGACUUUCAUGCCCCUCAACCGACUCAAACCCAAGAACCCUCCCCUACCCCACGCUCAAGACGCGAUUCCUCUGCUCGACAAACUCCGCUUCGAUCCCGACCACACCAAGGCUUUCCAGCAGGUGUUCGGCAAGACCUGCGUCUGCAAGGAUCUCACCGUUGCGGCUGCUUAUGUCAAGAGUCACGGCAUCAACACUAUCACUUUAGACGGUGACAAGGUUGACCGCAAGGGUUCGUUGACCGGUGGUUACCACGAUGUUCGGAGAAGCCGGAUAGAGGCUAUCAAGAACCUUGCUACUUGGAGGGAGAAGUACGAAUCAGAGAGUGCGCGGGCCAGGGAAGUUGAGGCUGGGAUCUUGAAGACUGAGCAGGAGAUCACAAGAUUGAGCGGACGAAUCCAGGUCCUGAUGAAUCAACAGGGGCAAGCGCGCGAUGCGAGGGAGAGCGUCGUGGGCGAAGUGGGUGCGCUCACGAGGGAGGCCGAAGCGCUGAAGGAGAGGAUUAGCCGGCUGGAGACACAGGUGGAAGACGGCGAGGGAGAGCUGGCGGCUUUGCGUGCGAGGCUUGAGGGGCUGAGAACAGAGCUUAGCAGCCCGAUGCAGAGGAACCUGACGGACGAGGAAGAGGAGAUGCUGGAGGAGCUGGGUAAGGAGAUCGAUCAGAGGAAGAAACGGCUGAUGGAGCUCAGCAAGGCGAAGAACGAGAUCGGUGGUCGUAAGAACGUGAUCGAGAUCGAGCUCGACGAAGGCUCUCGUCGACGACGGGACGAGUUGCGCGCCAAAAUUGAUGCCCUUGGCGAAGCACCCACUGGGGAGUCGAAUUCGGAGGACGACCUUGAAACGCGUCAGCGAGAGCUCAAAAUUCUCGUUUCUUCCAUUGAAUCCGCGCAAAAGAGAGUGAACGAUAUGGAGAAGCAAAGCGACAAACUCCAGGCUGAACUACAGGACCUACGGAGCACUCUUGAGAAGGUGCAAACUCAACAAAGCGAAGACAGCAAGGGCAUCUCCAAGCAACAGAAGACCACUGAGCGGUACCUGGCCAAACGUCAGAUGCUGCUUGCGCGGAAGGACGAAUGCAACAGCAACAUCCGCGAUCUUGGUGUGCUCCCUGAGGAAGCCUUCGAGAAGUACACUAACGAAAAGCUUGAUCGACUUGUCAAGAAACUUCAGGCUGUCAACGACGGCCUCAAGAAGUUUGCCCACGUGAACAAGAAAGCGUUCGAGCAAUAUAGCAACUUCACGAAGCAGCGUGACCAGCUUCUCGAGAGGCGCAAGGAACUGGACGCGUCGGCGAAGUCGAUUGACGAAUUGGUAGAGGUGCUGGACCAACGCAAGGACGAAGCGAUCGAGAGAACGUUUAAGCAGGUCGCAAGCAACUUCGAGGAAGUGUUUGAGAAGCUCGUUCCUGCAGGUCGGGGAAGACUCAUCAUUCAGCGGAGGAUCGACCAGGAUGAAGAGGCGGAAGACGACAUGGAGGAAACCCAGCAGACCAGCGUCGAUAACUAUACUGGAGUAGCAAUAAAGGUGUCGUUCAACUCCAAGGUCGACGAAGGCCUACGUAUACAGCAAUUGUCUGGUGGUCAGAAGUCUCUCGUUGCUCUUGCGCUCGUGUUUGCUAUCCAAAAAUGCGACCCCGCUCCCUUUUACUUGUUUGAUGAGAUCGAUGCGAAUUUAGACGCGCAGUAUCGUACGGCCGUCGCUUCCAUGAUCAAGUCCUUGGCGUCCACUGGCCAGUUUAUAACAACAACCUUCCGGCCCGAAAUGCUGGUGACGGCUGACAAAUUCUACGGUGUUCUCUUCAACAAUCAGAAAGUCAGCUCCAUCCGAUGCAUCACCCGUGAGGAGGCCAUGGAGUUCGUCGAUCAGGUGAGCAUCGUGCGCGGCGUUCAGGCGCAACCUCCCGGAUCUCACCACUAA